AUGACAGCUAACCCGGGGAGCACGGCGCAAGAAAAGCCGCAAGAGGCGGCGGCUACAACGCUUGAGGUAGCUGAACCGGAGCCUGCGCCUCCGAUAAGCGCCGCUGAUGCUCCACCUGCCGUGAUGGGCAUUUUCGCGCCGUCGCCGUCGCCUGCUCGUUGUGCCAAACCCGAUAAAAGCCGCGUGUUCCACCACUCGCAGGUGAUAUCACGGGUGGAGGGCGGGGCGCUGGAGGUGCGAAUACCCGCAGCAGCUGGGUGCAUCGUCUUGCUCACCACUCUCCUUCUAGUGAGCCAUUGCCCUCCUCCUUUUCAGUGA